AUGAGAGUUUUUGCGCUCCUUCUCCUUCUUCCUCUUGCCGCUGGUUUUGUUUCAAACAGCAACUUCGUUGGACGACCUGUUCAAGUUGCCAAUGUUGACACUUCGUCAUCUCUUCAAAUGAUCUCACACAGAAAGGGAUUUAACAAGCUUGGAAAGCCUGCUGAUCAACGUAAGGCUUUGCUUCGUGCCCUCACCACCGAGGUCAUCCGACACGGACGCAUCAAGACUACUUUGGUUCGCGCCAGAGCUGUCCGAAAGCACGUUGAUCACAUGAUCCAACUUGGAAAGCGUGGAGACUUACACGCUCGUCGUCAAGCCAUGGCAUGGAUGUACGACAAGGACCUUGUCCAUUCCCUCUUCGAAGCCGCCCCUGAUCGUUAUGCCGACCGUCAAGGAGGAUACACCCGUGUCUUGAGAACUGUUGCCCGUCAAGGAGACAACGCAAAGAUGGCCAUCAUCGAGCUGGUUUAA